CAGGUUAUUUUACUAACAGAACAUUUUCUCUUUCCUUAACAGUUUCAGUUUUUUUCUCAAGAUGUACAACCAAUGCACUUCUCCGUCUUCCGCUAGAUCAACGAGAGGAACCACCCACAGAAUGAGAUCUCCCAUCUGCUGUCUCGGAGCCAACGCUGUGGUUGAACCCGAAGCCAUGAUGGGAGGACCAAGAACACCUCGGUCUCCUUACGAGUGGCUCAAAUCCACAGCGCAGGAGCUCGAGCUCAGAGGACGCUGUCGCCGCGUCAAGACACGUGUCAAGGUCACGUGCCGCAACAACAACUGCGCUUAUAAUUGCGCUCAUCAUCAUUACCACAACAACCAGAGACACCAGAGCUCUCCUGUGGAUUUUAGCUACGAUGCCUUCAGCUACGCGCUCAAUUUCGAGGAUGAUGUACGAGCGGACGAGGACGGUUCUUUUCCUAGUUUCACGGCGAGGUUGCCUGCGUCUCCGGUAACGAAACCUAGAUCGGCGGCGGUUGAUCUUAUCUCGUUCUGACCUUUGUUUGUGUGACGGCGGAAUGUGAAUGUUCUCUCCGUUGUGCUUAUUUGAGAGUUGAGAAAUGAUGUACGUAUAUGACGUCAUUAUUAAAAGCCUUUUCGCAUAUUGAUAAUGUGUGCAAAAUAAAUAAGAAACAUUUUCAAUAUAGGCUCUCUGAUAUUUCUUUGUAAAUAAACAUGAAUAUUUGUACUCCAUACCUACAACAUUUACCAUAUUUGCACUUCAUACACAAUUUCCCCCU